AUGCAACGUUGCCGACCCUUGGCGGAGUCAGGCACGAGAGACUCCGUAAUGAGCACCGGUUCUGGAGGUGAAGAUGGCUUGAAAGAGGACUUCUGGAAAGAGAAACAUUCUUCCUUCUCCUUCCGCCCUUCUUCCUCUCUCCAAUCCAACACCAUGGCGCCGAAAGCAGCUGCGUCCUCGGGCGCGAAGGCGGCAGGGAAGGUGAAGAAGGCGCAGCAAGCCGCCAAGGGCUUGAAGUGCGCCAACAGCUUCAAGAAGGCUCGCGUCCGCACGAAUGUGCACUUCUUCAGGCCCCACACCCUCCGGAAGAGCCGCCAGCCGAAGGUUGCUCGUCGCUCGUCGGACGUUGCCACGUGCACCUUCCCGAAGCUGUCCAAGACCGACAAGUACACGAUUGUUCGCCAGCCGUUGACGACGGAGUCCGCGAUGAAGAAGAUCGAAGAGACGAACACACUGGUGUUCCUCGUGGAUCCGCGUAGCAACAAGCGCCAGAUCAAGCAGGCCGUCAAGGAGCUCUACGACGUAAACGCCCAACGCGUCAACACGCUCAUCCGUCCCGAUGGACUGAAGAAGGCGUAUGUGCGCUUGACUUCUGACUUCGACGCCCUGGAUGUGGCGAACAAGAUCGGUAUCAUCUAA